AUGUAUUAUACAGACUUUUAUGAAAUAAAAAUUAAUAAGAGAAUAGGAAUGUUUAUCUGUAAUGUUAGAAAGAAUGAUCAUUUAAAAGAGGAUUUAGUUAUUGAAAUUUCUGAUAAGGAACCGUUUGUCUGUAGAGAUUCAGAAGUUAAUGAAGAUGUAAAUGAAACUUCUAAUAAUACUAACAAUUCAUUAAAAGAUGAUGUUAAAACAGAUAAACAACUAGAUAACAUUAUUCAAGAAGUCCGAGAUAAUGAAAAAGUCAAUGAAAUAGAAUGUACAGUGUCAACUAAUGAAUCUUUAGUUGUUGAAGAAGGUUAUUUAAGUAAAGAUGAAGAAAAGGAAGUAGUUGAGGCUUCUAUGUCUGCUAAUGAAUUACUUUUUGUAGAAGAAAAUCAACCAAAUGAUAAUGUUAAUGAGGUAGUUGAAGUUAAUAUAUCAAGUAAUGAAAAUUCUGUUGAUGAAAUUUAUUUAAGUAAUUAUGAUUCACAAGAAAAAGAUGAAUCAAGUAAAAUUGAUGUGGCUGAAAAAUUGAUUGAAUCAAUUAGUGAAAGAAAAGAGGAUUUAGAAAAAGUUCUGAAGGAAUAA